AUGGUAGGCGCAUUCUCUGCCAAACAGCAUCUGCAGGACAACAAAACUCAUAUAUUAUUGGCUGCCUCCGGCUCGGUAGCAACUAUCAAGCUGCCCAACAUCGCCGAGGCUUUGAGUCGCCAUGGGAAUGUAUCGAUUCGGAUUAUAGUCACCGAAUCUGCAGAGAAAUUUCUUGCUGGCCAAAGCUCAGAGCAGCCGCUCCUCGACCGCCUGGAACAAAUCGACGGGGUUGAUGGUAUUUAUCGCAAUGAAGAUGAAUGGGCUACGCCAUGGAAAAGGGAGGAAUCCAUUUUACAUAUCGAGCUGCGGAAAUGGGCGCAUAUCUUAUUAGUGGCUCCAUUAUCAGCCAACACUAUGGCGAAAAUGACCAUGGGGAUUGCAGACAAUCUCUUACUCUCUGUUAUCAGAGCUUGGGAUACGACGGGCCUUGUCGAUGGGGAUUUCAAGGCCCAGAAGCCAGUCAUCUUCGUGGCGCCGGCAAUGAACACGGCCAUGUGGAGGCAUCCGGUCACUGAGAAACAGUUGAAAAUUCUACAAGAGGAGUGGGGAUAUACAGAUCUCAAUCCAAAAGGCUGGGUUUCUGUUCUGUCACCUAUAGUGAAGUCUCUGGCGUGCGGAGAUGUUGGAACCGGCGCCAUGAUGGAUUGGAAGGGACGUCGUUCGCGUCGUCCAAGAGCACUUGAACCUUGCGGCGACUGA